GGGCUUGUCCCUAGCAAGCCCGUGGGGUUGGUGGUGAUGAUGAUCGUCUUCUCCCUUGUUAAUCACCGCGGAUGGGUGGAUGGGGAAGGAGAAUUUAUCUUUGGGCGUCGGUCAUGAUGAUGAUGGUGGUGGUGGCGGUGGGAAGGGAGUGACUUUCGCUAACAAGAGCCGAGGAGAGUUGGCGGAUACCUGGGCAGUAGCAGCAGCAGCAGGCGUAACGAUGCAAGCCGCGCCGCAGGACAAUGGCCACGACCACGAGAAGCCGUGCCUCGGCGAGUCCCACGCGGUGAAGCUGGUGGAGCGCCUCUACGGGGUGAGCGUGGCGGGGGUGAGCCCGCUGGCGAGCUACAUCGACCAGAACUACCGCGUGCUGGCGCGCGACGGUCGCCAGUUCGUGCUCAAGGUCACCAACACGCGGGACAGCCAGCGGCCGCAGCUGCUCGAGGUGCAGAUGGCCAUGAUGAGGUUCCUGCAGGAGAGGGGCUUCCCCAUGCAGGAGGUGGUGGACAACGUCAGCGGGAAGAUCAUGUCGCUCGAGAGCAUCGACUGCGGCGAAGGAGAGAAGGAGUUCAACGUGCGGCUGCUCACGUACCUGCCCGGCGUGCCGCUGUCCAGGGUGCUGGCGGAUGGCAGCCUGUACUACCAGGUGGGCAAGCUGGCAGCGAGCAUCCACCAAGCCCUGGAGCAGUUUGAGCACCCGUUCCUGCACUCCCUGCAACGAGACGAUUUCAUCUGGAACCUGUCAAACACCCACCUGCUCGAGUCCUACCUCUUCGCUCUGGACGGCGACCCCAACCAGGGUCUGGUCAGGGAGGUCAUCGCCAAGUUCCGCGAGGAGAUCCAACCCAACCUGCACAAGUUUACCAGAUGCAUAAUCCACGGUGACUUCAAUGACGACAACAUCCUGGUGCAGGAGGUGGCCGCGGGAAGCGAGCAGCAGCAGGGGCAGCAGCAGCAGGGGCAGCAGCAGGGGCCCAAGUCGGCGGAGGGAGCGCCGCGGCACCGCGUCUCCGGCAUUGUGGACCUCAACUCGAUGAUGUUCGGCUACCACGUGUACGACCUGGCCAUGGCCAUCAUGUACAUGAUGGUGGAGAGCGGAGAGGCGAUGGAGGCCGGGGGUCACGUCCUGGCCGGCUACGAGAGCGUGCAGCCCCUCACCGAGGACGAGAGGAGGGCCGUUUACUUCCUGGUGGCGUGCAGGUUCUGCCAGUCGCUGGUCAUGGCCCGCUAUACGAUCCUGCGGUACCCGCAGAACGCCGACUACCUGCUGAUAACGGCGCGCACCGGCUGGGUGAAGCUACGCGAGCUCUGGACCAGGGGCCUGGAGGACAUGCAGAGGCUGUGGUCCGAUGUUGCGGCACGGUACAGAAACUAGAACCGCAGUGGGGAUCGAGCGGACGGCGAGGAGAGAGAAGGGGGAGUUUGUGGGGGGGGGGGG